ACCACCGCACGCAACAAAUCCAUUUAUUUUCAUCUUGUUUUCUGAUGGUUCUCCCAAAGUGUCGCUAUAUCUCUGUAGUUUUUUUCGCCUUUGUUGUGUUACUGAUCAACAAUGGCGUUGAAGCUUUUCAUAAAGUAUAUCCUCAUCUUCAAUCUGUUUCUACGAUAUCCGUGAGCGGACAACACAGAACUGCGUACCAUUUUCAACCUCCUAAGAACUGGAUUAACGAUCCAAAUGGACCCAUGUAUUACAAGGGAAUCUAUCAUCUAUUCUACCAAUACAACCCCAAAGGGUCAGUGUGGGGUAACAUUGUGUGGGCUCACUCAGUGUCAAAGGAUCUCAUCAAUUGGAGGUCCCUUGAACAUGCACUUUACCCAUCCAAACCAUUUGACAAGUUCGGGUGUUGGUCUGGGUCAGCCACCAUAGUCCCAGGUAAAGGACCAGUGAUCCUCUACACCGGAGUUGUUGACGACAAACAAACUCAGGUUCAAUGCUAUGCUAUACCUGAAGACCUAAACGACCCACUCCUCCAAAAAUGGGUUAAACCUGACAAAUUCAACCCAAUCUUGGUUGCUAACAAGGGUGUCAACGGUAGUGCGUUUCGCGACCCAACGACGGCAUGGUUGAGCAAGGACGGUCACUGGAAGAUAUUGGUGGGUAGUAGAAAGAAUCUUACAGGUAUAGCUUAUUUGUAUAGGAGCAAGGACUUUAUGAAUUGGGUGCAAGCCAAACAUCCGAUCCAUUCCAAGGGUGCAACUGGUAUGUGGGAGUGUCCUGAUUUUUAUCCAGUUUUGCUUAGAGGCAAUGCAGGGUUGGAGACGUCCGAGGAGGGGAAUCAUGUGAAGUACGUGUUUAAGAAUAGUCUUGACAUUACAAGGUUCGACUACUAUACAGUGGGAACAUAUUUUAAAGAUAAGGAUAGAUAUGUCCCCGAUAACACCUCAGAGGAUGGUUGGGGUGGACUUAGGUAUGACUAUGGUAAUUUUUAUGCUUCCAAGUCAUUUUUUGACCCCAGUAAAAAUCGAAGAAUCUUGUGGGGUUGGGCAAAUGAGUCUGAUACCAAGGAAGAUGAUGUUCGCAAAGGAUGGGCGGGAAUUCAGGCGAUUCCGCGAACUGUGUGGCUUGAUUCUACUGGGAGACAAUUGGUGCAAUGGCCUGUUGAAGAAUUAAACAAUCUCAGAGGGAAAGAAGUUAAUAUGAACAGUCAAAAGCUUCAAAUGGGAGAUUACGUUGAAGUAAAAGGAAUCACUGCUGCCCAGGCAGAUGUGGAAGUUACAUUCUCAUUUGCAAGCUUGGACAAGGCAGAGACAUAUGAUCCUAAGUGGGUAAACGCACAGGACCUCUGUGCCCUAAAGGGUUCAAAACUUCAAGGUGGAGUUGGACCAUUUGGGCUUCUCACAUUAGCUUCUCAAAAUUUUGAGGAGUUCACUCCUGUGUUUUUUAGAAUUUUCAAAGGUCCAGAUAAGCAUGUGGUUCUCUUAUGCUCAGAUGCAAGAAGUUCCUCUUUGAAGAGUAGUAUGUACAAGCCAUCAUUUGCUGGUUUUGUAGAUGUGGAUUUGGCCACUAAAAGGAAACUCUCUCUUAGGAGUUUGAUUGAUCACUCAGUAGUGGAGAGUUUUGGUGAAGGAGGAAAGACAAACAUUUUGUCUCGUGUUUAUCCACAACUAGCAGUAGCAAAUCAAGCUCAGUUGUUUGUGUUCAACAAUGGAACUGAACCCAUCUCGGUGGAAAACCUCAAAGCAUGGAGCAUGAACCCUGCUGAUAUAAAAUAACCAGCCAUAAAUCAAUUAGUAGGCAGAAAGUAUUAGGCUUAUAAUACUAUUUGUAAAUAGAAAAAAAUUACGAACACAAUCUUUUCACAUUUUUUUUAACAGGCUCUUUAUUACUAGGUGAAUUAGUAUUCAUCCUUUAAAAUAAAUAUGGGCGGGAUUAUGUUAAAAAAAGUGAUAGAAGAUAAUAUGCUAGACUUUUAUUUUGGAGAAAAAAGUUAUACAUCAAAAAUAUAAAAAAUUAAUACAUAAUCUUUAAAUUCUUUA